CUUGUUUGAGGAACAAUUUAGCGUUUUGUUUUCAUUUAUAAAUUAACUUGAAUAAGAAAAAUUUCUAUAUGUCAUUACUUUGGUUGAACCAACUAUACAGACAUCAACACAAAAGGAAGCGGUUAGUUCUAAGUUAUAACACCGGAAUAAAAAUACAUUUUGAGCAUUGUCCAGUUUGCUUUUGAAGCUCAAUCCGGUAUUCAUUCUAGUUGCAUUAUGGAUAUACAACAAUUGGAGGUUCUCUGCAAGCAACUAUACGAAGCCACUGACAUAAAUAUUCGUGCCCAAGCCGAGAAAGCCCUAGUGACAUUUGUAAACAGCCAAGAUGCGUUGCCAAAAUGCCAAUUGCUAUUGGACCGGGCCGAUUCCAGCUACGCCCAAAUGCUGGCCGCAUCCACUCUCACAAAACUUAUUCAGGGACUCAGUCUUGAGCAGCGAAUCGACAUUCGCAGCUAUGCCCUCAACUAUUUGGCGACAAGGCCAAACCUGCAGCAAUUCGUUAUCCAGGCUUUGGUUACUCUCCUAGCCAAAAUCACAAAGUUCGGGUGGUUUGAUACGUACAAGGGAGAAUUGGUGUUCCAAAAUCUUUUGGAAGAUGUUAAGAAGUUUCUGCAGGGAUCUGUGGAGCAUUGCACAAUUGGGGUGCAAAUUCUAUCACAACUGGUUUGUGAAAUGAAUUCAAUUGUGGAGAUCGACGCGCACUUGUCCUUUUCGAAGAAUCGAAAGAUAGCCACUUCCUAUCGGGACCAGCAACUCUAUGACACCUUUUUGUUAUCCUGCUCACUUUUGGUAACAGCCCGUGAUAAUAGCAAAACCAUAAACUUUAUGGAUGAAUCGCAACAAGCGUUAAUAUCACAUGUACUGCGGCUAACGAAAAAUUGCCUGAGCUUCGACUUUAUCGGGAGUUCGACAGACGAAUCUGCUGACGACAUGAAUAACGUUCAGAUACCCACAGCUUGGCGUCCUGCAUUCUUAGAUUCGAACACACUUAAACUUUUUUUUGAUUUAUACCAAAUUUUGCCCAAUGGUUUAGCUAGCUACUCCAUAUCCUGCCUGGUUCAAAUGACAUCUGUGCGUCGGUCUCUUUUUAGUAAUUCUGAGAGAACAAAAUUUCUCACGCAUUUGGUUGAAGGAGUCAGAGAUAUUUUGACAAGUCUGCACGGCUUAAGUGAUCCAGAUAACUAUCACGAGUUCUGCCGUUUGCUGGCUCGCCUCAAGUCUAAUUAUCAACUAGGUGAACUUAUAGCGGUCCCAUGUUAUCCAGAAGCAAUCGAACUAAUAGCCAAGUUUACUGUGCAAUCCUUGCAUGUGUGGCUUUUUGCACCGAAUAGUGUACAUUACCUACUUGCGCUCUGGCAACGUAUGGUGGCAUCUGUUCCGUAUGUUAAGUCGCCGGAUCCGCAUUUGCUGGGCACCUACACGCCGUUAGUCAUCAAGGCGUACAUUGAUUCGCGCUUGGAUGCUGUUCCCUUGAUUGUCCGUGACAAUCUAGAGGAUCCAUUGGACGAUCUGUGCAUGGUACAGCAACAGCUGGAGCAAUUGUCGGUGAUCGAAAGGUGCGAGUAUAACAAGACUUGUAGCCUUCUGGUUCAGCACUUUGAUCAGAAGGCUCGUGAGUAUGAGAACCUCUUGCAGACGCCCAACGCGAACCCCAUUGAUAUCACAAUACAUGAGCUUCAGCUUACGUGGUUAGUGUAUAUAAUCGGUUCGGCGAUCGUGGGUCGUCUGUCCGUAACGACAAGCGAUGAACAUGACACCAUGGACGCAGAGCUCGUAAUUCGAGUGCUGCAGCUAAUGAGCCUAACAGACGCUCGAUUGCCGCAGGCUGGCUGCGAAAAGCUCGAGCUGGCAGUCCUUAGCUUUUUGGAUCAGGUGCGUAAAAUGCAUAGCAGCGAGCAGGCACAAAAAGCAAAUGUAUACAAGAGACUAAGCGAAGUGUUUGGACUGAGCGAUGAACAAAUGCUAUUAAGUUUUAUUAAUCGCAAAAUCAUUACAAAUCUUAAGUUUUGGGGACGCUCGGAGCCGAUUAUCACCAAAACCCUUAUGUUACUUUCGGAUCUCUCUGUGCACUUUAAUUCCGUGCGCAAACUGGCACGCUUAGAAGAAGUUCAGUUUAUGCUUACACAUCACACAAGCGAACAUUUUCCAUUCCUGGGAACGAAUUCUACGUUAAGUGAAAUGAGAUGUCGCACCAUGUUUUACACAUCGUUAGGGCGUUUGUUAAUGUUUGAUUUGGGCGAGGAUGAGGAGAGAUUUUAUAAUUUUCUGGAGCCUUUAACAAACCAAUUCGAAUCCCUUGGUUCUGCGCUGAUGAACUCGAGAUUUGCCACUGAUGAAGCCAAAAAAGCCACCAUUGGCUUGGCUCGUGACCUUCGUGGCCUGGCUUUGCCUCUUAAUGCUCGCAUUCAGUAUACGAUGCUCUUCGAAUGGCUAUACUAUGCUGACUACCUGCCUAUUCUGUUGCGCGCAAUGGAAAUAUGGGCUCACGAUCCUGCCGUUACGACACCUGUGUUGAAAUUAUUUGCUGAAUUAGUACAUUGCCGCACCCAAAGGCUGGCUGGGAACGUAUCAAGCCCGAUGGGCAUUCUGUUAUUUCGUGAGGCUUCAAAACUUAUUUGUAUAUACGGCAAUAGUAUUUUGCGCCAAGAGGUUCCACGCGAUCAACUGUAUCCCAUGAAACUCAAAGGAAUUGCCAUAUGCUUCUUAAUCUUAAAGAACUCUCUGGGGGGAAACUAUGUUAACUGCGGAGUAUUUAAGCUGUAUGGAGAUAGUACUUUGGAUAAUGUUCUCAAUAUUAUUGCAAAGUUAAUUCUUUCCAUAGAACAAAGUGAUUUACUGGAAUAUCCGAAGUUGUCAUCGGCUUAUUACAAUUUGUUAAAUUGUCUUUCACAAGAUCAUGUUUCCUAUUUGGCAGCCUUGGAGCCUUCUGCAUUCGUUUACAUUUUGAAAAGUCUUACUAAAGGACUGGCUGCGUUAGAUUCAGCCAUAUAUAUAAGUUGCUGCACAAUUUUGGAUAGUAUUGUUUCCUACAUUUUUAAACAGCUACAAAUGAAAGUUUCCACAUUUCCAAACAAAAAGCUCAGGAGCUUAAACCAAGAAAAUGCGCAAUUUUUAAAGGUUGUUGAAAUGAACUCUGAGUUGCUCCAGAGUAUGAUGUCUUCAUUAUUGAACAACGUUUUGGCUGAGGAUUGUCGAAAUCAAUGGUCCAUGUCUCGUCCAUUGCUGGUUCUAAUUUUACUCUAUGAGGAUUAUUAUCGUUCGCUAAAGGAUAGAAUUAUUUGUGGGCAACCAGUGGAGAAACAACAGACAAUGGCUCAGUGGUUCGAUGAUCUGAUGGUUGGAAUCGAGCGAAAUGUUUCCAGUAAAAAUAAAGAAAAAUUUACUCAAAAUUUAUCAACAUUUCGGCGUGAUGUGGUUAACUUACCAAAAUCAAAUUCAAGUGUAACAGCAGAAGAUUUUUAUAGAGUCUUGGAAAGUAACAGAUGAAGGAAGCGUAGGUUAUGGCAGGCAUAACUUCCAUUGGAUCAAGAGGGUUUUUCCAAAUCAAUUGUAGCCUUUUGGCUAGCAGUGUGUUUCCAUCCGGAUGUGAAUAUGCAGCUAUAUGUUUACUGUCCACAUUAAGAAGUCUUAUAGUUCCAUUUAGGCUUAACACCCUAAUUUGAAGAAAAUGCCUGUCUCGACAUUAAAAACUUUUACAUUUUUAAAUUCUUUUAGUGUAAAAACGAUUAUAAUAUAUAUUUUCUAUAUAAAAAUUGACUCGAUGGCGCACAAAAUGCCUUUAAUUUGCAUAA